UCUAAGCUGUUGGCUCUUCACACGUGUACUUGAAUAAUAAUCCAUGAAAUAAAAUUUACUCUAGAAUAGAAGGCACUGUUCCACCGUUCGAAGUGGGAUUCAUUUGGUGGGGCAUGCUCAUGUUUCUCGAUUCUAGUUUCCCAUCAUAUAUACAUACCCACACGCACGUCCAAGAAACGCGACUGCAUCAUUUUUAUUUCAUUCCUCACAAACAUUGGAUUUCCGGUCUGCUUGCAUUCCUCUUCUCUGCUCUCUCUUUGUUGGGGAAAAGGCAUAAGAUGAAUCGGAAUGAGAAGAGAUCAGAGGAAAGCUGUGGCUGCUAUCUCCACCCAAAACAGAGGGUUGUGGGGGUGUGUCCCUUGUGUUUGAACGAGAAGCUCCUCAUUUUAGCAGAAAAACAGGGCCUCUCUGCUUCCACUCGCACCAAGUCACAGUCAACUUCUUCCAUCCAAAGCAUCUUUCCUUUUCGUUUUCUUUUCUCUCGUCCUCGCUCUCGUGACCAUUACUGUCAUUCCUCUUCCAGUCCAGAAGAGUCAUUCAUAUCAAUCAAGUUUGAAGGGAAUGGGGUAGCAUCGUGGGAGAAAAACACAGCGUCUGAGGUGACUAUGAAUAACUGCGACAUGUCCUGGAACCAUGCCAGCCUGAUGAUCCCAAACAAGGACUCCAAGAAGAGGGUGAUAGAGCAUGGGAAAUCACGUGAUCCGCUGAGGUGGCGGAAGCGGAUAGGGCACCUGUUCCAAGUCAUCAGAUGGAAGAAAUCCAUGAACGGCCACGUGGAAGGAGUCAAGAUGAGGAAGAGUUGGAUGAGGACGCUGACGAAGAGAAAGACAGCGGAUUUGAAAUAAAGGAGAAGGCUUUUCAAUUUUCGUUGUGGGUGGGGUUGCUCCAAACUCCUCACCGUCACUAUAUACUAAAAGUUAUAUCAACACUAUAUAGAUGAUAGACUCAUACUAGCUUUACUCGGCUAAAAGAUUUGCCCUUUUCAGUUCAUAAAA